GGAUAUCGUGUACCGAUGCACACAACCAAUUUCCCGCUUCUACUUUCAGCAAAUAUAUGCAUUUUGAACCAUACAACGGACCUUCAAUUCGUGAAGACAUUUCAGUAUGUACUGCACAUACCAACGUUCAUCCUGGGAGUGAUCAUUAAUUCGGUUGCACUCUACAUGCUCUGCAUCAGGUUAAAGAAGUGGAUGGAAUCUACGAUCUACAUGACAAACCUGAUCAUUUGUGAUAUAUUUCUGCUUUUCUCCCUGCCUUUCAAAAUCUACGCCGACAAUGGAUAUGGAAAGUGGCACCUGGGAACAACAUUCUGCAAGUUUGUGGAGUCCUUGUACUUUGUGAACACUUACGGGACAAUCCUGUUAAUAAUGCUAAUAUCAGUGGAUCGGUACACCGCUAUCAAGCAUCCUUUUCUGGCACAAACCCUCAGAUCUCCAAAGAAAGCCAUCAUCGCCUGUACUGUGGUGUGGGUUUGUAUCUGGUCUGUAAGCAUUCCAUAUUACACCCAAACCGAGUGUCCGCAGGAAUCCAAAGAAAUAUGUUUCGUAGGUUUUUCUGAGUUUUGGAAAAAAGGUGUAAUCCCCCUGAGUAUGGAACUCAUAUAUUUAAUUUCUGCAUUUGCUGUGGUUUUCUGUAGUAUUCAGAUGAUCAGAACAUUGCAAAGAGUGGAUGUAGAGAGAGACGAUAUAAGCAUGAAGGCAUCUAUGAACAUUAUCUCUCCAAAUCUGGUGACCUUCCUUCUCUGCUUUACACCAUAUCAUGUAGCCAUGCUGCUGUACUUUUUAGCAAGGCAGGAAUAUAUUACAACUGAUUACCAGACAUCUCUGCGAGCCUUUCUCCAGAUUUCUCAAUGUUUGGCGACCACAAACUGUUGCCUGGUUGGAAUGUACUACUAUUCGAUCAUUAAGGGUUUCUGGAAAUCAAAGAUCAAGAAUACAGUUUGA